AAGGUUUUUCUUUUCUUUUGAGAAGAAAGAAAACGAAGGGUUUCGGCAUGUCUCUCUGUGAGGAUUUUACAGCUUACGAACGGCUUGGGGCCGACGGCCGCCACCCCGAUGUUGCCGGCUUCCUGAAAUCACGUGGCAUUGUUAUGGCAGACACUGGUGGUUCUCCUGGACCAAACAGCACUCGCAGUUUGUCACGCAUCAUUCAGAAGUGGUAUACAGUCGGCCCCCCUGAGGAUAGAUGUUUGAUUUGUUGCUUGGAUGAACACACUUCAUUUCUAUGCCCGUACAAUGUUGAAGUCCCAAAGAAUGCAAUUGUAGGCAGCGGCUGUGACGUAAUUUGUAAGGUUUGUGAUCGUUUGUUCUUUGGGCGCUGUUGUAACCAAGAUACAGGACGUGCUAAGCUCAAGUUUUGUGAUAUCUGUUUCAAGUAUGGCGAACACUGGAUGCUGCAGUGCCCACGCAAGCCUGAAUGUGAUCUCAGUAAAAUCGGGGAUUCUUCUGAUCACUUAAUUGCAUGUGCAGCUACAGGUCGUCCUCCAAUUGUAAAUGUGAGGAAGAAAAAGAAGAUAAAUGCUGUGUAAUCGGGGUUUGCUUCUGCUGUAUUCUGAGGAAAAAAUGAUGUGUUUUAUGCUAUGUGAGAUGUAUAAUGUGGAGAUGAAUUUUUAGUGUAAAGUUUUCUUGUUUGUUUCUUUUGAUAACCAAAAUUUCCUCGUGGCCGGUUACAUCUCUGCAUUUGAAUGUGCUAUAUCUUUAUACUGGAGGAAAUAAAGUUUGCUUCUUCUGUGUUC